AUGGCUCCGAAUCACGGUUUGGUACACCCUAAGGAAUACGACAUCAAGGACAGCAAUGUCGAGUUGAUUGGCACCGACCUCGACCACAAGGUGAAAUACAACUCGGCGGCAUCUGAGCCUGCUUGGCAGGAUGGAAAAGUUGGACUCGAGCCAGGUCUGUUGAUCUGGCGCAUCGAGCGCUUCGAGGUCGCUACUUGGCCCAAAGCAAAGUACGGCACCUUCUAUGAUGGUGACAGCUUCAUUAUCCUCCACUCGUACCAACUCGGAGACGACAAAGACGGCCAGCCCAAACUGGGCCACGAAAUCUUCUUCUGGCUCGGUGCUCACACCACGCAAGACGAGGCCGGCACGGCCGCGUACAAGACUGUGGAACUGGAUGAGUUUCUGCACGGCGCGGCCACGCAGUACCGCGAGACACAGGGUAACCCGUCUGCCGAGUUUCUCAGGUUGUUCCCCAGAAUCAACAUCCGGAGGGGUGGCGUCGAGUCUGGUUUUCGCCAUGUCGAGAAGGAGGAGCCCGAGGCGAUUCUCACUCUGCUGCGCGUCUUCAAGAACCCGGCGUCCGGCAGUGGAAUCGUUGUGGUCGAGGUCGAGCCGACCUGGCGCAGCCUCGACGAGCAGACUCCCAUGGAGAAGGCCAAGGCGGCACAGGUGGUUCACGAUAUGAAGCUGGAGAAGCAUGUCGAUGCAGAGGUGCUUGCGCAGUCGGAAUCGCGGGCGAGGGUUGUCGUCGGCCUUCUUGGCGGCAGCAACGACGCGCCCGUCGACGGUUUCCGAUGCCCCAAGCCGCUGGCAUCCAAGUCUUCUCCGCGUGAAGGCGCUGCGGCCUCGCUCCCGCAAAAGCUGUUCCGCCUCAGCGACGCGUCGGGCCAGCUGGCUUUUGAUCUUGUCAAGGACGCUUCCAUCCGCUUGUCCGACCUAGACGGCAGUGACGUGUUUCUGUUGGAUGACGCCGGCAAGACGAUAUGGGUCUGGGAGGGGUCCAGAGCGAGCCGACAAGAGAAGUCGAGUUGGCUCAAGGUGGCGCAGAGGUAUAUUCAGCAUUUGCAAGCGACCGGAAGCGAGGAUGCCUACUUGACUCCCAUCGCAAAAGUGGCCCAGGGCAAUGAGAGCAGGGCUUUUCUACAGGCUGUCCGUGUGUAG